UCCCGCUCACAAUAUUUUGGCUUUUUCCCGCUCACAGUAUUUAUUAUUUACAGUAACACAGAUCACUCUUCCCAAAUUCCCCAACUUACCAUUUCUUCUUCGAGACUUCGAAAAUCAACUGUUCACCUUUCGUUUUGAGAAUCGACACGUCAACAAUCGAUUGUUGCAAUGGAAGUUCCUGAUGCAAGCAAUUCAGAAUGCGAGUUUGUUUCUGAAAACAACGUGGUUUCAAACAACAAAAGAAAGAGACCCUCAAACAAGAAAAACACCCAGAAUGCUAAACCUAUGAAGCCUGAAGUAUCUGAAUGGUGGGACCAUUUUCAAGAAACGAAAAUCCCCAAUUUUGCUGAAUGUAUCUAUUGUCAAGAUCUUGUUCCUUACGCAACAAAGAGCACAAUCAAUCAUUUAAUAAACCACAUGCAUGCUUGCAAAGAGUAUCCACCAAAUGUCGAUCUAAGACAAGAACUUCAUCAUCUUGAGUCGAAAACACAUCUGAGUGAUGAAGCUUCUGUUGAAACUGUAACAAUUCCUAGGUUAAGGGAUCCAAACCAAGAAGCUCUUGAGAAAGCUCUUGCAAAGAUGGUGAUUGUUGAUAAAUUGCCUUUAUCUUUUAUCGAAGGUGAGGGCUUUGUUAGAUAUUGUAAGACUGUUAAUCCUUUUUUUGUUAUUCCUUCACGUGCUAAGCUACGCGCCAUGAUCUUGGAUGGAGCAACUGAUGAUGAAACACCUGGAAAUGAUUAAGAAUGAACAAAAUGCUACUGGAAGCUGGAUGGAACAAUUGUUUAGGACAAAAUGUUUUUGCUGGAAAUCUGGAAUGAACAAAUGAUGUUUUGGAACAUUUGUCCUUUAUCUGUUUGGCUUGAACUUUGAGAUUGAAUAGUUAAUGGUUAAUUCUAACUGAGUUUUUGUUUUUA